GCUGGAAACGUUUCCUACGCUCGCCGGGUCCCGCCGACAGGUGUUUUUAAACGGUCUGCGUUUCGCUCUAUAUCGAGAACACUACCGCUCAAUGUUCCGCUAGUAGCGCUUGCUCUAAUUGACUGUACAUGUUCUCGUGAAAAGCGAAUGUUGCCAGGUGAUGGUGUUUACUGUAAAUUGUUGAGUGAAAUGAUUUUUCGUGGAAACCGGCCAUGUAUCUGAUAGCGGAGAGCGCGGUUUCGAAGGAAGAGGCGGAAGAACACAACCAUCAUGGCAAACUACCGUACAAUGGGUACAGUGACGAGUUCCUAGACCGACUAGAACCUAAUGGAAACAUACCUGCCGGUAAAGUUAAUAUUAGAUACGGCGAAUAUUCAACUUACGGUAGAAGCGGAGAAAUGGGUUCUAUGCGGAGCGCACAAUCAGCUGAGUGGAAUAGCGUUGCCGGACAUGACAGGGUGAAAAGGCAAUUGUCUGUUUCUAGCGAUAGUAAAUUGUUAGACGAUGAUAUUCGAGAAGAAACGAAAGUGAUACUACGGCCGAGAAAACCCCCGAGACCCAAAUCGGAAGUGUUGCUCAAUCAGGGUACUGACCACCGACGAACGAAGAGAUACUCCGCUUUUGGGGGUGAUUCUCCGUUCGGAAAGUCAGAAGCUUAUAUUAAAUUAGAACAAUUAGGUGAAGGUUCAUAUGCAACCGUGUACAAAGGAUUUAGCAAUUUACAAAACCAAGUUGUGGCAUUAAAAGAAAUAAUUCUGCAAGAAGAAGAGGGUGCUCCAUUUACUGCUAUCCGCGAGGCUUCCUUAUUGAAAGAACUGAAACAUGCAAAUAUUGUCACUUUACAUGACAUUGUACAUACCAGACAGACACUAACCUUCGUUUUCGAAUAUGUGCACACCGACCUUUCCCAGUAUCUAGAACGACACAGUGGUGGAUUGGACCCUCGCAAUGUCCGAUUAUUCCUCUUCCAACUACUACGCGGUCUAUUAUACUGUCACAAAAGACGAGUGCUUCACCGUGACGUCAAACCCCAAAACCUCCUCAUCAGCGAAAUCGGCGAAUUGAAACUAGCCGAUUUCGGCUUAGCUAGAGCCAAAUCAGUACCCAGUCACACUUAUUCACACGAAGUGGUGACGUUAUGGUACAGACCACCAGACGUCCUACUGGGAAGUACGGAUUAUUCUACUUCACUGGAUAUGUGGGGCGUAGGUUGUAUAUUUGUGGAGAUGAUUACCGGUAUGGCCAUAUUUCCCGGAGUCAGGGACACUAUUGAUCAACUAGAUAAGAUAUUUAAAAUACUAGGUACUCCAACAGAAGAAGACUGGGCCGGGGUUAGUCAACUGCCGGGAUUUUAUAAAAUCCAUAAAUUGGGCCAAUAUAAACCUAGAAAAUUGGGCUUUUGUUGGUCGGCGCUUCACGAUAUCGUGCACGGCGAAGCAAUGGCUAGUGGCCUUCUCCAGUUAAAUCCCCAAAAACGAUUAGGUGCCGAAGAAGCGAUGGUACAUCCAUAUUUUGAUGGUUUGCCCAAAAAGUUGCUCGAACUGCCAGAUGAUUGUUCAAUAUUUACCGUCGAAGGUGUACACCUCUACCCAGAACAGUAUUCGUCGGUUAAAUGAGGGUGGUCUUGACUUCCACUGAGGAAAAGCGUCUUUUAGCAAUGAAAACAUCUCACAUCAUUAUUUUUCAAAAAUAUGUCAAACAAGAGUCAAAUCCUCUUUGUACACUGCUGUUGCAACAAGUAUAAUUUAGAAUAUGUCGUGUCUACUCCAGUGCUACGAGAAAGAAAUGUUCAGUCUCACCGAAUUUCAGAAUAUGUUUAAAAAUGUAUAUUUUUAAUAUUUUUUAAUAUAAGUAUACGAUAUUUGCACAACAUUUACAAUUAUAAAUAAACAUGUAAAACAUUCAAAUCAAUGGGAUCAAAGCAUUGGGAUCAGUGUAGGAUUUAUUUGUUUCUGAAUAUUGCUAAUAAUAUACAGGGUGUUUCAUUAAGAAUUGUCCAUAUAGUAACUGGAGAAACCUUAGCACAAAAUACAAAGAUUUAACCUAAAACGCUUAAAUAAAAUACGGCCCCUUACUGAAUCACAGAGUGUUUUAUUUAGAAAUUUAAAAACUAUUUGUAUUUAGUACUUUAAAACCAUUUAACAUAUCCUUGUCAUACUUGACGAGAAGUGUAGGUACUGUACACCCUACUAAAUUAUGUUAAAUAAACGUUUCUGGCUGCUGCUAGAGGCGUACGAUGGGGCAAAGUGAAUGGUUGACCCUUCCCAAAUUCUACGCUACUGGCGGAAUUGCUGUUUUAGUGCAAUUUUUCGAUUCUCCAAUACUUUCACAAACAUUUAUUUAACAUAAUUUAGUAGAAUGUACAGUAUCUACACUUCCUGCCGAGUACGACAAUGAUUUCUUAAAUGGUUUUAAAGUACUGGGUACAAAAGUUUUGAAAUUUAUAAAUAAAUACCCUGUAACUCGGUAGGGAGCCACAUUUCAUUCAAGUGUUUUAGCUUAAAUCUCCGUAUUUUGCUCUAAGGUUUCUCUAGUAACUAUGUGGACAAUUCUUAAUGAAACACCCUGUAUAACAAAUGUAUAUUUUUUAAUUUCCAAGUAAAAACUUGAUAAUAUACCAAAAUACCAAAACUAAAUGUUCACAACUGAAUGUUGAAAUUAUUUACCAAUUUUAUUUAUGUAUAUCUGUUGUGUAAAUAUCGUUUAAAUAGUUUUCAGUGUGGUUUUAUUUACAAGCAAUGUAAUAUUAUGUUAUACGCAUUUUAUAAAAAGAGCAUCAGAAAUGAGUUUGUUUCUUUGUUAUCAUUAUAGUAGACAUAUUUUAUAUGGCAUUAAUAAAAAUAUUUAGUUUGUUUAUUUUUUUGGUAAAUAAAUGUGCAUUUUAGUUA